UUACCCCAUCUUAAAGCAUCGCAAAAAGUAUAUACCCAUGUCUCACAGAGCAGAAGAAUCAAGGAACAAUCAGGAUAUGACUCAAUGCCAGAAUGUGCCGAGAGUUAUGCCUUGUCCAACUCAUACAGUGGGCCACACCACCAUCCUCAUCACCCAACUCUCUUCCAUGACUCCACCCUAUGAACUUACACGCCACCAAAAUCAGCAGAGCCAUAUCGAAACAACUCAAUGGAUGCUAGGCAACACAAAAUCAUGUUUAGUCCAACCCGCAGUCCACAAAAAUAUGGACAAUGAAGCAUUCGAGCGCACAUUGUGGCACUUCAUACCACCAACCUUCCAUCUUGAACACAAUGGCACGAGUCCGGAACCUGUGCUUGAAGAUGAACAGCUGCGAUCGAAAAAUCUAAAUUCCAACAGUCAAUUAAAAAGUCCAAUAUCAUCAUCGGACAAUUUGGAAUUAGAUAUCAGAUAUGGAUCUUCAAAAACAGAACUUUUAUCGCCAGAAUCCCCCUCCAACAAACGCCGUCAUCAUAAUAUAUUAGCUUCAAGCUGUCCCAAGAAGAGGAAAGAUCAGGCGAUACAUCAGCAGCAAGCAACUUUAUCGCCAUUGCCUCAAACCUUUAUGUCAACCUCUGGGCAGCAGGAAAAGAACCCUUUUGAGGUUCAUGAGCCAAAUUACAGCAUUGAUGCUGGCGAAAAUAGUAGAUUGGGACUACUCUCAGAGCUGCAGGACAUACGACGCAGCAGGCACGAGUUAUUCUAUCAAAGUCAACAGGCCCUAAGGCCAUCCUGGAAGACGGCACCCACGACGCCUCCGACUAUGCGAUACCGAGGGUGGUCCCUUGAUCGAGAUAAUCCCUCUGCUCAUUCCCUUGCUCCUUUUUAUGGACCACCAUUGACUACAUCCAAUAUCCGAGCAUUAGAUGUUAUCAAUGAGAAUACUCAAUCUUACAAUUCCAAAGCUGUCCAUCCCUCCCCAUCUGACCGCCUUACGGAACUGCCAUUCAAAUCAAACUCAGCUUCAUGUUCAAGGGACAGCGAAGCUACACACCUAAUGUCAACAGGCUCCCAUACGGAUGGAGAUCCAGCAGAGGAUCGUAAUUUCCCUUCAUUGAUAAAUAUCAAUGAUAAUCCAUUACCCGAUGAUAGCACCAUUAUAUUCAAAACGCCCACUAAAACAAGAGUUAGGAGGCUAUCUAUGUCAUCAUUGAGUACCAAGAGUCCAUCUAGCAUCUCAUCUGUAACUCCACAAACCCUCUUUCAAACCCAUAGUAUUAAUGAACAUGAUUUACCCCUUUGGACACCAGCAGACUUGGUGCAAGAUAAGACUAUACAAAAUCUGCACAAUGGCAGCUCUAUUGGCAUGGACCCGAAUGAUCCCUUCGUUGACAGCCCCACAUCUAGGAUUCAAUGGUCUCAAUCCCUAGAAACCCCUGAGAAGAAACGCUUGGAAUCCGAUGCUACGAAGGAAACUCAAAAUAACGCCAUCAUCCAGAAACUACGGGGGCUACAACCAAUAGAUUUUAUGGAUGACAUGGCGCAAGGCCUGGAGGGCUGGUCUGAGUCAUUGGAGACACCGCCCCGAAAGUGCCAUGUAAAAAAGGCGUUAGAGUUGGCACCGAACAUCAGUUCAGGGAUUCUGGACCGUCUUCGAGGGAUUCCACAUAUCAGUCCUCCUGCAAAGGCGACAGUGCAAAGUGCAUUAUUACAGAGUGAAUCAUUCAACUCUACGUCCUCGUCUCCAGUAGAUGGAAGCGGCGCUUAUCAGGAAGACGAAAGCAGCAUUAACAGAUCUAUAGACUCAUAUGCAGUUAUAGAUCAAGGAAUUACUGAGGAAGGUCUAGUGAAGCAAAGAGUGACCACCACAAGCGCUGACACCGAUCCAACUUUCGCGUUUCAAUCAGAAUUAAAAAUGAAAGAGGAUAUUUCGGAGACAUCGUCAGAUACCGCAGAAACCAAUACUGAAAUCACUCUUCCUAGUUCGUUAGUGCAUGAGCUAGAAAGUGAUUCACCUUUGAUUGAAGACAAUGGGUAUCAGAGUCAGAUCCUUUCAGACAGCCAGAUUGAGUUCUUUGACGGGAUAUCAAAUUCAGCUAUUGAUAAAGAGCUCUUAGGUAGCUCAAAUAAGAGCAGAGAGCGAUUUCCUCAACCUGACAAGAGCCAAGAGGCGGGCUUGAACAACUAUCAAUCACCAGACAAUAGCGCGAUUACAAUACAAGACUCUUCAGAGCCUCCUACGCUCGCAGUUAUGGCAGCUACUACGCUCAAAGGAGCAGACGAGGAACAGGAAGAGAAUGUUCGGGAAAGUGAUGGGAUAUCCAUCUCACAGGAGUUGAAUUUAGAUAACAUGCACCUUGACUCCUGGGUCUUAUCAUCUUCUACUCAAAGUAAUCAAGAUAUCAGCGUAAACAUGAAGCAAGAUAAUGAAAUCAACUUUUCCGAGCACCGGAAUGAGAUGAUCACCGACAUGACUUCAGACGAUGACUUCAGUAAUAUUCGUUUCAGUCAGUUGGAUGACGGAUUUAACGCAGCUUGUGAAAUUACGCAGAUACCCUACAACAAAAGCGUCCAUACUAAGACCAACGCCGGUAAUCUGGAGAUAAACGAUGAUGCUACAGGAUUGUCAAUCCUCAGCACGAAAAAACAGAGUGAGCCUUGUAGGGCAACAACCAGAAGAAAUGGAUGUGAGCAGCCACUUUUCACCAAUGGAGGCUUCGCGUCUGCCAGCGGCAGGAAAUUAGUCCCUGUAUCCAAAGCAGCCCUGGCCCGAGCUGCUCUCAUGUUAGAUGACAGUACCUCUGAUACCGGAUUAAAUGCAGAGGUUAGGCCGAUUCACAGCCCAUUAGAUAUCUUCAGUACUACAGCAGACCCUUCGUCGUUUGACAGGGCAGGAACAUCAGGAGCGAGUACUUUACAGAAUACCGAAAAUACUUUGCCAAACAUGGUAGUAUCUUUGCUUCCGGAUGAAGAGACCACUGGAGCUAAGAUAGCAGCGAAUCCACUAAUAACUAAAUCUAUUAAGAACUCAGAGCACCAGGCCAUGAAAAACCCAUCCUCCAUUACAAAUGCUCAUCAGCAAUUUAAAGGCUUUACAUCUGGGAGUGGAAAAAAGUUAUCGGCUAUCUCAAAAGAAGCCAUGGAGAAAUGGUCAAAGCAAUUUGAGGAAGAAGAUAUGUCCGAACCUCUCCGCCCAUUGCAACCAUCACAGCCACAUUCUGCUUCGCUCUCAAAAGCACUAAAGGAGUAUGCAGGGUUCUCUUCUGGGUCAGGAAAGGCGCUUCCUCCUAUAUCAAAUGCGGCCCGAAACCGUGCACUUGAUGUACUUGAGGUGGAUGAAAAUGAUCCGGUGCCUCCAGCUGUACGCAGAACUCCAUUGUCUACGGAACUAGGGAUAGCCAGGCCUGUGCCAAUAAGUCUGCCAGGGCCUCAGCCGAUGAACUCAAUAAGUUCGAAUCCCAAAAUAGUGGCAUCAUCCCAGCAACCGGUAAUUUCCAGCCAUAUGAACAAACUCAAGCUCAAGUCAUUGCGGGCUUCCUCUUCAAGUUUAUCCUUGCCAGGCCUUUUGAAGGCUAAAGCCCCGUUCCGGCCACCAUUACCAUUUAAAUCGCCCAUACGAAGAACGGAUACGGUUGUCAACCCUUGUACUGGCGACAACAGUAAUAUCCUUCAUGCUCCAUUGCCUGAGAGUGCAACUUUAAACAAGAAACAGACGGGCAGGAAAUCGAUUUUACACCCAAAUGCUCACUCUACUUGUUCUACAUCUUCGACUACUAAUCCAACCUAUUCUAGCAAGGAUAUUCGUGUACCGUCUUAUACUUCGUUAUUUAACCUAGAAGCGCAUGAAAAAAGACUAAGCCUUCGUGAAGUACUUGACCUGCCGCGCCAUCGUGACGUUGGAGAGCUAAUGGAAAUUGGAGUGUAAGAUUGUAAACCGGGAAUAGAACUCAGUUGUGGAAAAUGUAGACAAAACUUGUUAAACUCAUCUUGGUUUCAACGGCAACUUUUUUUUUUAUUUUUCCUAAAAUAUAGGCCAGAAGAUAUCAUUUCACUGACGUUUUCAGACGCUCAAGCAUAUCGGUUCCAAAACUGGGGAGCAGAUGAAGCUUAUAAUGACCUGAUUGCCCGGGGUGCAACGCCACAACUUCUUCCCAAAAG